AUGGAAUACGCUAAGGCAUCGUAUGAUUACAAAAAGAGGAAAGGAGUGUCAUGGAACAAAAUUCGUCCAUGGUGGUGUAGUGCUCUUACGACCGUCGCAUUCGUAUUCGAUCGCACCACUGCAACACGGUGGCUGCAACUGAUCGCAGCGUUUUGUUGCAGGCAGCAGGACAUCGCACACAGCACACACGGCAAUUGCACGGCAAUUGAGGGCUCAUUAAAGCGAUUUCAGAAGGAUGGAAUAAAGAAUGUUUUGAAGAUCAUUAAGUGCAGUGUGCAGUGGUUGAGAGAGUUCAAAAUGUCAAGUAAAGUGAAAGUAUCAGCAGAAUGGAAGAAAAGAGUGAAAUCAGAGUACAUGCGUCUCCGCCAAAUGAAGAGGUACAAACGAGCAGAUGAAGUGAAGGUUGCUUGGAAUCAGAAUAGAAAGCACAUGACAGCAGAUGUUCUGAUAGCUGAGCAGCGCCGCUGGGCAGAUGGCAAAGCAGUGUGGACAUCGUGCCAGGAGGCUCCCCCUCAUGCUGCCUGCAUGAAGAAGGCAGAGGUCACCAGCUUGGACAAUGAAGUGCAGACCUGCCCGGUGAAAAUCAUCAAUGCAGUCACACCAAUUCCAACAAUGUAUACUUGGGCACCAAUCCAACAAAAUUUUAUGGUUGAGGAUGAAACUGUUCUCCAUAACAUUCCAUACAUGGGAGAUGAAAUUCUUGACCAAGAUGGAACUUUUAUUGAAGAAUUAAUAAAAAAUUAUGAUGGAAAAGUUCAUGGAGAUCGAGAAACUGGAUUCAUAGAUGACACUAUUUUUGUGGAAUUGGUGAACGCCCUGCUGCAGUAUCAGUACAAAGAUGAAGAAAAUGAAAAGAAUGAGAAAGAGGGAAAAGAUCGUGAUAAGGAGAAACAUGGUCGUGCUUCCACCAGUCGCAGCUCAUCUUCUCAUGAACGAGCUGAGCGGAGGUCUCAAACAGCGGAAAAGCAAUCAUCAAAGGGAGUCCCUAGUAUGGUGAUAUUCCAGGCAGUAUCAGCCAUGUUUCCAGAUAAGGGGAGGCCAGAAGAACUCAAGGAAAAAUUCCUGGAAUUGACUGAACGUCUCGACCCCAACGCAUUGCCACCAGAGUGCACACCUAACAUAGAUGGAACUGCAGCCCAGUCAGUCCCCCGAGAACAAACCAUGCAUUCUUUCCAUACUCUGUUUUGUCGACGAUGCUUCAAAUACGACUGCUUUCUUCACCCGUGCAAAGGGCCUGGCAGCCCCCCUGCUGAGCGAGGAUUACAAGCAUAUCAUCCGGGUCCAAAUUUACUGAAAAGAAAAGGACCUGACUUGAAGCCAUUCUCUGAUCCCUGUGGGCCUGACUGUUACAUGCAUUUGGAAGGAAUGAAGGAGAAGCUGGCUGCCAUAGCAGAGAAAAAUAAAGAGGAGAGUGAUGCAACUGAGCAAGCUGAGCAACAGAAAACCAAUGCUGGGGGUCAGCGACCUCGCAAGGUGCGAAAACAGGCAUCGGUGGAUUCGGGCAAUGAGGCCAGCUCGGAAGAUAGCAAUGACAGUAACAAAUACGACAAAGAAUUCAAACGAAGUUCCAGCAAAGAUUCAAACGCGAAAAUUCUCCCACCAGAUCAGAGCUCUGAACCCACAUCCACCAAAACGACGACAUCCCUGAGGAAGAUCCUUGGAGUGGACUGCACUGAUGGAGAGUGGAUUGGCUCAGAUCAGUCCAUGUUCCGUGCUCUGCACAAGGUGUUCCUCAACAACUACUGUGCUAUUGCACAAAUUAUGCUCACAAAGACAUGCCAACAGGUUUAUCAGUUUGCUCAGAAGGAAGCUGCAGACAUUCCAACUGAAGAAUCUCUUAAAGAUUUCACUCCACCUCGUAAGAAGAAGAAGAAGCAUCGUCUCUGGUCUAUGCAUUGCCGUAAGAUCCAGCUGAAGAAGGAUUCAAGCUCCAAUCACGUGUACAACUUCACACCUUGUGAUCAUCCUAAUCAGCCUUGUGAUCAGAUGUGUCCUUGUAUUGGGGCACAGAAUUUCUGCGAGAAGUUCUGCCAAUGUAGUUCUGACUGCCAAAAUCGUUUUCCGGGUUGCCGUUGUAAAGCUCAGUGCAACACAAAACAAUGUCCCUGCUAUCUUGCUGUGCGAGAAUGUGAUCCAGAUCUGUGUCAGACAUGUGGAGCCGAUCAAUUUGAUAUAUCAAAGAUUUCAUGUAAGAAUGUUAGUGUCCAGAGAGGUUUACAUAAACACCUGCUUAUGGCACCUUCUGAUGUCGCUGGUUGGGGAAUAUUUCUUAAAGACAGUGCCCAAAAGAAUGAAUUCAUCUCAGAAUACUGUGGAGAGAUUAUCUCACAAGAUGAAGCUGACAGAAGAGGAAAAGUUUAUGACAAAUACAUGUGUAGUUUUCUGUUUAAUCUCAACAAUGAUUUUGUUGUUGAUGCUACUCGCAAAGGAAAUAAAAUCCGUUUUGCUAACCAUUCCAUCAAUCCAAAUUGUUAUGCCAAAGUAAUGAUGGUCAAUGGUGAUCACCGAAUAGGAAUAUUUGCCAAACGAGCUAUCCAACCAGGAGAAGAGUUAUUUUUUGAUUAUAGAUAUGGUCCUACAGAACAGCUGAAGUUUGUUGGUAUUGAACGUGAAAUGGAAUUUUUGUAGAGGACAUAAGAGUGUCUUAAGUUUCAAACUUGCAUUUUCUUUCAUGACAUUAUCCUGUUAUAACAUACAUAUAAAUGUAAGAUUGUAUCUCUAUAUAGUGCGAAUCAUUUCAGGUAAAAAAAUCACACCAGCAUUCCCUCCAUCCUUUUUUGUUACACACAACAUGUCUCCUAGCUCCUAAGAGCAUUGAGCACACCGUGGAGUAAUCCUCCGUUAAUUACUACUGUAGUAGUAAACCUCCUUUAUUUACUACUAUAGGAGUAAUCCUCCUUUAUUAUACACCCUGCACUUUCUAGGGACUACUGGGUAGUCAAGUCAUGUCAGUUGCAGUCAAGUCAGGGAAUCGCCAAUAGGUAUCGGCCAGAAUUGGUAAGGAAUAAAGAUAAGGGUAAGGUUUAGGACGCUUCACUGGGGUUGGACUAGCCCCUGUGAAGUAUGCUAGCUAGUUUUGCCAUAAUAAAUUUCACAUGAGGUUCUAUGGGGAUUCUAUGGUAACCGAACCCAGAACCUCAGUGGUGAAAGGCAACCUACUUCACCACUGAGCCACGAGAGCAUCUUCGAAGCAGCAAAAUAUUACUAACAAUUCUUUUCCUGUGGAGACUCCAGAAUUUUCAUUCUCAUUUCAAUUUGCAAUUCUCUCAAAGGAACGGUGAGUGGAUUUCCAACUCAACUGACCAAUGAACUUUGCUGUACUCCUAGCAGAUCGUUUGCAAAGUGGGGCAAUUGUAAAGGUGUGCUGCGUUUCUUAAUAUCCUCAACCCAUGUGACCCUCACAGGGUUGGUGUAAUAUUCAUACCAAUUCUCUUGUUUCUCAAAUUUGCAUUUUUUGCCAUUUGCAUUAGAAAAAAGUGGAUUUUUUCUUUGAUACAUAGAAGUUCACUUAGUGCUUUGACUUGUUAAAAGAAAAAGAACAAGAGGAAUUUUCUAGAAACUUGCAUAGUAGCAAAUCAUUUCCAAGUAAAAUGAUAUCAAAAACAAUUGUUAAUCUAAUUGAAAAAAAAAAAAAAAAAAUGUUGGUGUUUUUUUUUUACCUCCUGAAAUGUCGUGCCCUGUGAACAAGAAAUGUAAAUAAGGAAUAAUAUGUGCUUUGAGGAAGGAAUUUCACCAGUUAGUUUCUUAAUGAAAGUAGUCCAAACAUUUGAAUUUUUAUUUACAUAAUGUCAAAGAAGUGAUUCUUAUAUACUUGAGACUAGGCACAGUCAAAUUUACAUGCUGACUAAAAUAUGUUGUAGGUUACCAAAUAAUUAAAGAUUUUUUCUAUCCUAUAUAUUUAAAAGUCCGUAAAUGUGUAAUUUAUUGAACGCUGUAGUCCUCUCAGAGGCCAUGUUCAUUGACUUUUAGAUUUAGGCAUAGGUUUCAUUGUGUUGAACUAAGAUAUAUGGAAAAAAUUGAGGAUGAGGAGAGAAAGAAUAACAUAAAUUCAGGAAGACCUAAAAAGAAAUAUAAAGGAGGAAAAAAAAAAAUGAAUGUGAGAUGAUGAGGGGAAAAGGGAAGGAGAAAGGUUUGGGAAUUUAAUUUCUUUUUUGAAUUUCAAUGUUCUAAAUGUUUAUCUUGGCAUUUUGCUUUUUUCUAGAAGGUUUGCCAUUGCUCUCAGUUGGGAGUAAUAAUGUGGGUGUUAUCUAAUAUAGAAAGUGAACUUUUUCACGUUCAUUUACAAUAAAACUUUCAUUAUUCAGAGUAAUGACAGGUGUUGCAUGGCAAAUUGAUAUCCAGGGAUUUGGUUCAUUAGAAGAUAAACUGAGAAGAAAUAUAUAAAAAUAUUAUAUAUUAUAAUUUACAGUGUACAUAUUAAAUAAUUACAUCAAUUUGUAGAUGUUACAAUUUUAUUUACAAAUGACAAACAAACAAUUUUAAUUACAAAUAACAGUUUCUUUUUUUGUUUGUGUUUAAUAUUUCUUUCCCAAGGGCUGACUUUAUUUUCUGUGAUCAAUUCAUAAAUCAUUCCCAAAUCUAGUGAUUAAGUUAAUUAUUUUAUCCUGAAGUGACGGGUUAAUAUCCUUUCACUGACAUCAUUGUUUUAAACAAUUCAACAUUCAUUUAAACUAUUUCAUUAUGUGACAUCCUAAAUAAUGGAAGUUCUAUUGUAUUCAGUAUUGUAACAAUUUCUGUAUUUGGUAUUGUUGCAUUUCUGUGAGGACACUUUCAUGUUCACUUCUUUAAAGGUUUAAAUUUUUUUGGCACUAGUAGUAGAGGGUUGUGCCCAAAAGAUGUUUGUUGUGUUCGCUGGUGAAUCCUCAUUAUUGAAAAGCAAGGAAAUCUUGUUUUGAGGUGCUCAAUACAGUAAGCAUUGGUGUUGCAUUUGUCACACAUUUUAUGUAAAUUGUAAGCAAUAUGUUUUAUGAUAUUUUAAGUGCUGUAAUGUACAUGUAAUUAAAUUCUUUUAUUGCAUACAUGAAAGAUUUUUAGUAAAGUUUAAAUGAUAGUGACUAUUGUAUUAUUUACCUACCUUAAUCUGUGUAGUCUAUCCGUAUUAUUGUAUUUUGGUGCAGUUUAAUUGAAGGGAAGAACUCGUUUGUUGUAUCUUUUGUUCUAAGCGUGCCUCAUGACUGAAACGUUUUGUAUGUCUUCUAAUUAUUGAGAGUUUUGUUUAAAUGAAAUAUGUUCU